AUGCCUACCGAGAACUACGACAUCGUCAUUGUAGGAGCCGGCCCUGUCGGUCUCCUGUUGUCGACUUGCCUGGCAAGAUGGGGAUACAAGAUCAAGCACAUUGACAUGCGACCUGAGCCGACAUUGACUGGAAGAGCCGAUGGUAUCCAACCACGAUCACUCGAUCUCCUCCGCAACAUGGGCCUCAAGCGCGCAAUCAUGGCUCACGAGCCUGCAAAGGUCUACGAAGUCGCCUUCUGGGAUCCUUCGGAAAAGAGCAAGGGUAUCCACCGCACUGGCACAUGGGCUUCAUGCCCCAGCUUCCUCGACGCUCGCUAUCCUUUCACCACAUUGCUGCACCAAGGCCUGAUUGAGCGCGUCUUCAUCGCCGACAUGGAGAAGUACAACACCAAGGUGCAAAGACCGUGGAGAAUCACGGGAUUCGAGAACGAUGGCAAGGACAAGGAAUACCCAGUCGAAGUCAAGAUUGCACACGUUGACGGCAAGGAGCAAGAGACAGUCAGAGCAAAGUACCUCUUCAGUGGUGAGGGUGCUCGCAGCUUCAUUCGUGAACAGCUCGGUGUUGGUAUCACACACAAGGACCCCAUCACCCACGUCUGGGGUGUCAUGGAUGGUGUCGUUCGUACAAACUUCCCCGACAUCAAGAUGAAGUGCACAAUUCAUUCUGAUGCUGGUUCUAUUAUGGUCAUUCCCCGCGAGGACAACAUGGUCCGUCUCUACAUCCAGAUCGCCUCAUCAACAGACAAGGACUGGAACCCUCGCAAGCAAGCAACAGAGGAAGAGGUUCAGGAGGCAGCCAAGAAGAUCAUGAAGCCUUACGAGAUUGAAUGGGACCGUGUUGAGUGGUUCUCGGUUUAUCCCAUCGGACAGGGUAUCGCAGAUCGCUACACUCUUGACGAACGCGUCUUCAUGGGUGGUGACUGCUGCCACACUCACUCUCCCAAGGCUGGUCAAGGUAUGAACACUGCCUUCUUGGAUGCUCAGAACCUGGCCUGGAAGAUUCACCAUGUGGAGAGUGGUUUCGCAGAUCGUUCUAUCCUCAAGUCAUACGAGGUAGAGCGCAAGCUGAUUGCAGAGAACCUUCUCAACUUCGACAACCAAUACGCCAAGCUCUUCUCACAACGUCAACCUAGCGCCGGUGAGGUCAGUUCAGCAUCGCAACAGAACGGAGAGAACCAGGUCGAGGACAACGAGUUCAUCAAGAUGUUCAAGUCAUCUUGUGAGUUCACUUCAGGCUACGGUGUCGCAUACAACCCCAACAUCUUCAACUGGUCGAAGGAUCACCCAGCACAAUCGCCGCUCUUCCUGUCGAAAGAGGCAGGAACUACCACUCAACGCACUGGACGCAUUCUCACCAAUGCAACCGUCACCAGAGUAGCAGACGCCAACGUCGUUCACCUCGAGCAGGAGAUUCCUCUCAACGGCAGCUGGCGCAUCUACCUCUUCGGUGGUGUACCCAGCAAGACCAAGCGCGCAAUCUCAGACUUCGCAGCCGGUCUCUCAAAGAAGGGCUCAUUCUACAGCACUUUCGGCCACCCCAACCUCGACCAAGUUUCUUACCACGAGAAGCACAACCCUCACAGUCUCUUCUUCACCAUCAACACCAUCUUCGCUGCCAAGCGCCCUCAGAUUGAGAUCCGAUCAUUACUUCCCGAGGUGCUCGCCCGCUACUUCGAUCACGUUUACGCCGACGACGUCUGGGACCAGCGGGUACCUGAUGCUAAGGCUGCUGCUCACGCCAAGAUGGGUCUAUCGCAAGAAGAGGGUGGUGUCGUCGUUGUCCGUCCUGAUGGCUACGUCGGCUGUGUUGUCAAGCUCGUCGAGGGCACUGGCACUGUUGAUGCCCUGAACGACUACUUCUCGACCUUCACUUCCAAGAAGGUUGGCGGUGCUGAGAGAGCAAGUCUGUAA